GCCAAAGGGCAAGCAGCACACUUGACUGUUGUUCUGUUUGUCAUGAAGCUCACGGUGGCGAUUAUUGUCAUGCUGGCUCUUGUGGCUCUGGCCUUGGCCGCCUCUCCUCCCAAGCCUGUGUGGCCAGGACUACUCGGCGACGAUCAUGGCGCACAACGAGAAGCGCAGGCGGCCGCAGUUCUUCCGCUGGUUUGUCUCGCAGACGCAUCAGGUUGCGCGUGUCGACGGUGCUGUGGAGCAUCAUGGUGAGACGUACGGCUUUUCCGAGUACGCGGACUUUAAGCGCGAGAAGGCGGAUCAGGUCUUCUACGGCAUGAACUCGGUCUUCUGCGAGUCGCAGAAGAUGCACAACGGGACUAUGCCCAUCCCCAACUUUGAGCACUUUGAGUUUGUCGGCGAGGGUGACAUCGACUUCCAGACGGUGUACAUCUGGCAUGCCGCCGAUCAUCACGACCACAACUCGGUGACGUACGCUGAGAACGCACACACUGGUGAUCCGGUGUACCUCCAAGUCCAUGACCGUCGCACUGGCCCGUCGGAGACCAUCGAGUACCGGUUCUUUGAGUUUGACGCCGCCCCGCAGGACCCCAACAUCUUCCAUCCGUCGGCCGAGAUCCAGCGCCUGUGCGUCGCCAACUAAGCCCGCUCUUGCCAUGGCUGUUUUGGGUAGUAGCUAAUACACCACCUGUUUUCGC